AUGCUGUACACCGCACCUAGCAGCUACACGGGCCUCGACGGCACGCUGCGCUGCUACAAGUGGGACCACGAGAUUCUGCCCAACCGCUCCAAUCUCCGAGCCGCGCCCGACUGGCUCAGUCGCAUCUUGAACGACAGCGGCGAAGCGCCAAGCGGCCGUGGGCGGGUGCCUUGGGAUGGUGAUGGGGCCCGUUCCAACAAUUUUUCCGUGCUCGUGCGCAAGAAGAACCUGCUCUAUUGCUGCAACAGCUCGGAGUGCCAUGGGGUCCGCCCCCUGCUCAAGAUUGGAGAGCUUACGCGCUCGGAGGCGAUGUCUGGGGGCGAGACUCGGGCUUUCAGUGCUGAUGACGUUAGCGCGAUCAACAGUCUGCACAAGAGAUUUGUAGACGCCUGGGCCUUUGAGGGAGACGUCGGCGGCAUCAAGAUUGUCGCUGAGAUGUAUGCAAGCUGCGGCAGUGAGAGAGUGAGAGACGGGUGGAAGGCAUCUGUUGAGACGACCAGUGACGAAAAAGAGCAAGAGGCGCUGAUGCAGCAGCUGAGGCGCCUGCGCACCUACAACAACAGCCGGGAGAUCACGAGUACGCUGGAACUUCUCCGUGGGGAGUUGGUUGAUUUCGACUUUACCAAGCAGCUGGAUGCAGAUCCAGACAUCUUGAACGUGAAAAACGGAGUGCUCCUCCUGAGGACCGGCGAGCUCGAUGUGCACCGGCCCCAGUAG